UUCGAAUCAAUGAAAUAUUUUGUCAUUCGUUUGGAAUUUACAUUGGAUGAUUAUCAAAAACGCAAAAUACGAUGGAAUUUUCAUACAUAUUCAAGAACAAUUUUGUUCACAUCAUUAUGUUGGACAACUAUUAUAUAUCUAACUUGUAUCAGACUAUUUUCAAUAAUUACUUAUCCGGUAAACGUAGAUUAUAUGAAAAGAUUAUACAAUUAUGAUGUUGGUACUGUAUUAAGUUAUGGAAUUAUCUGCUAUUCAUUACUUGAAAUAGCCUGGUUUCAAAUAUUUCAUGAUGUUAUAACAUAUGAUUUUCAAGUAAAUGAUUUAUUCAUCGAAUAUAAAGAUAUUGACGAUGAUAUUAUAAAUUCAAAAUCCAGCAAUGUGGAUGGCGAUAAUAAUGAGUUUGGAUAUGAUUUUCAAUCUAUAUCCUAA